AAUUCAGUCUUUAUUGGUGAACGCCGAUAAAUGCCAAAAUCAGCACCCACCCAACUGAUAUUGACGUCUGUUUUGUUAUCGGCGAGUUUUAGGUAAUGGGUAGUUAGCGCUUUCUUCUCUCAUUUACCACUACUGCCUUUUCAAAGUCUAGAGAGAGGGGGGAGCAAGAUUCAGACCUUGGUUGACAAUAUUGGACGAGUUCUUCUGCAGAAAUCAUGGAGGAGAGUGAAAAACAGAGAGAUUCAAACUCUUCUUUCGGUCAUAUAUCGCAUUUAGCUCUUGAUAUUGGAGGCACUCUUAUCAAGUUGGUUUAUUUUUCCCGCAAAGAUGAUUCUAGAUUUUUGGAUGAUAAUCAAGAGGAGGUUUCUUGUGAUAGCAGCAGCAACAAUCUUAUCUUGAGUGGAAGACUUCAUUUUGUAAAGUUUGAGACAUGCAAGAUUAGUCAGUGCUUAGAGUUUUUAUCAUCCAAACAUCUUCAUCAUACUGGUGUGUGGCAUAAUGAAGUCCCUGCCAGUGGAAAGAAUAUUGUUAAGGCCACAGGUGGUGGUGCAUUCAAGUUUGCUGAUCUGUUCAAAGACAAACUUGAUAUUGUCUUUGACAAAGUAGAUGAAAUGGAAUGCCUCGUUUCUGGUGCAAAUUUUCUCCUUAAGACGGUGCACCCAGAAGCUUAUACAUACAUGGAUGGUCAGAAAGAGUAUGUGCAGAUUGACCAUAAUGAUCUGUACCCUUAUCUUCUAGUCAACAUUGGAUCUGGUGUAAGCAUGAUAAAGGUGGAUGGUGAAAAUUUGUACGAGCGUGUUAGUGGAACAAGUAUAGGUGGCGGGACAUUUUUGGGAUUGGGAAAACUUCUGACUAAGUGCAAGAGUUUUGAUGAAUUGUUGAAGUUGAGCCAUCAAGGUAACCAUAGAGCGAUAGAUAUGCUCGUAGGAGACAUUUUUGGUGGCUUGGACUAUUCAAAGAUUGGACUGGCAUCAACAGCGAUUGCUUCUAGCUUUGGCAAGGUGGUUUCUGAAAAUAAAGAGCUUGAUGAUUAUAAACCAGAAGAUGUUUCUAGGUCACUUCUAAGAAUGAUCUCCAACAAUAUUGGGCAGAUCUCAUACUUGAAUGCACUUCGUUUUGGACUGAAGAGGAUAUUUUUUGGGGGAUUUUUCAUCCGCGGCCAUACCUAUACAAUGGACACCAUUUCUGUUGCAGUUCAAUUCUGGUCUAAAGGUGAUGCAAAGGCUUUGUUUUUGAGGCAUGAGGGUUUCCUCGGUGCAAUUGGUGCCUUAACCAAGUACAAAAGUGACGGUUUAUAUAAUUUGACAGUUCCCCAGGUUGUUGAUGGAUUUAUCAACAGCAGCCUUGAGGAAGAAGAAGACCCUGUAAGUGAUACAAUAGAGUGUAGUAUGCAGCUCAGGCCUCAAUAAAUAAUGCAGGUCAAGAAUUCUCAGUUGCUUUUACCAUGGUGUUUGUGUGCUUCUUCAAAAAGUAAAAUAACAUUUACAUUUACAAUUUCAAUAAAUUAAUUAAUUUUCAAACAAAUGAGUAGUUAAGCUAAAUGAUUAUCUGAGUUAUUAUUAUGGUUGAAUUUGAAUUCAUUUAUCUUUAAUAAGGUAC